AUGGAUUCAAAGAACAAGAAUUGUGCUGAAUGUACCCGUCGUGGUCGCAAAUGUCAAAAACAAUUUCAUAGUGAACGUGAGUGGGAUUCUCUUCAUCGAGACCAGGAGAAGCUGGCUUUUGAUCUUGAAGAAGCCCAGCGUCUCUGGUUGGAGCAUUCCCAAAAGAUGCAAGAGGCGAUGUCAAAAAUUAUUCGCCUUCAAAAACAACAGAGGUUUCUUAAGGAACGUGGUGGUCGCAUGUUGGAACAUGAUUCCAAACUUAUGGAGCAGUUGGAUGAGGAGGAUCCUCUAAGUGCUGAGGAUCUCCAAGAGCUUGAGCGUCUUGCUGAUGAAGAAGAGGCUGCUCGUCUUGCUGCAGUGUCAAACAAUCCUAGUUUGACUCAGAUGAUGAAUUCCCCUUCCUUCUGGGAGAACUUUGAUUCUGCUGUUGCUGGUGGUAUUCCUUCACCAACUGGUGACAACCCGUCAAGUUCGCGAUAG